AUGGAGGAGAAUAUGCUCGAGUUGGACUGCACGGUGAUUACGCCGGAGUUGGUCCUCAAGACGAGCGGACAUGUGGACAAGUUUGCGGAUUGGAUGUGCAAGGAGGGGUUUAAUGUGCUGAAGGCGCGGAUUGAGCGUGGCACCAAGGGACUGACCAAAAACUCCGCCAAAUUGGACGGGGGGACUGCCGCGGAGUAUGAGAAUAUUCUUGCCCAGGUGAGCUUCUUUCUGUGGAAAUCUCGAUUUCUCCGUGUGUCGGUUGCGCUGAUCGGUAGUGCCUACGAUUUGACUGUCCACUCGGCCUACACUGGGUCCCCUUUGAUCGUCAAGGAGGCUCUCUCAGAGCCAGUUAAGGUGGAGGAGUGGCAGGCUACCCUUGACAAGAAGCUCAUCGGCCCGCGGUUCAAGAAGGAUGCCAAGCCUACUCUGGAGCGUCUGGCUUCAGAGAUUGCGGAGAAGGGUAUUGUGUCUAUCGACACUCCGGCGCUUGGUGAUGGACGGACAUCUGUGGAGUUGUCGAAGGAACUCUUGACCAUCGCCAAGGUUACCCGCGUCCAGAACACACGGGUGUACACCCCCAACGUUAUUGAGUCGUCGUUUGGCAUUGGGAGAAUCCUCUAUUGUGUCUUGAAACAGACGUAUUGGCAUAGGCCUGGUGAUGAGACCCGCGCAGUCUUGUCUCUUCCCUUUGGUGUAGCCCCCAACAAGUUAUCCGCCCGCCUUCGUUCUCUGGGGAUUUCCAACAUUGCGGACUCGCCGAGUGCCUCAAUUGGCAAGAGAUAUGCCCGGAAUGACGAAUUGGGCACGCCCCUCGGUAUCACGAUCGACUUUGACACCAUGAAGGAUGGGUCGGUAACAUUGAGGGACAGGGACUCGACGUGUCAAGUCAGGGCUUCGGAGGACGGGGUCGUUCAGGCUAUCAAGAAUAUGGUGAACGGCAUGGAGACUUGGGAGGAGGUUUCGAAGAGGCUGUCGGCAUUUGUUGGUCAGGCGGAGUAG